AUGGGCAGCAGAAGGUUUCAUCCGAACAUUAUAGUGACGGGCACACCAGGGUGUGGUAAGAGUACUACAUGUGAGCUGUUGCAACGCAGGCUGGACGGGUACAAGUAUUACAAUAUAUCUGAGUUUGCAGAGGAGCACAAGUGUUACGACGGGUAUGAUGAAGGACGUAAGUCACACAUAGUGGACGAGGACAAGCUGCUGGAUGAGCUAGAACCCCUGUUGCUGGAAGGCAAGAGCAUUAUCGACUGGCACGUCAACGAUGUGUUCCCCGAGAGACUUAUAGACCUUGUAGUGGUGCUGAGGAGCGAGAACGGUAAGCUGUACGAUAGACUGAAGGCCAGAGGGUACCACGACUCAAAGAUAGAAGAGAACCUGGACGCAGAGAUCAUGGGAGUGGUGCUCCAGGACGCCCAGGAGUCCUACGAGCCCGAGAUCGUGGUCGAGCUGCAGAGCAACACCACUGAGGACAUGGAGAACAACGUCGACCGUAUCAACACUUGGGUCGACAACUGGGUAGAAGAACACAAAGAUGGUGUGUCCAGCGAGCUGAAAGAUGGUAAGAAAUACGCAUCCUACUCCUCCGAGGAGGAAGAAGAAACAUCAGACGGUGAAGACGAGGAAGCCUCUGCCUCUGACUAG